AUGCCCAGCCACGACGAUCACCAGCUUCCACUUCCAGCUAUGUUGGCGGCUUCCACGCCCUCAGUAGCAGACGACGACUAUGGUGAGGAAGGAAGCCUCGACGAUGAGACAGAGUUGCUGAUGCUGCAAAAGGUGGUGCAGCAGACUUUAGAGAAGAAGAAGAUGGCGGCCGCCAAGCAGCAAGCUCAGGUGCUUGAGGAAUUUAAAGCGGCAGCGGAAAAGCGCGUUGCCGCCCUUGAAGCUGCUAUCGUGAAGGAUGCCAAGGAGUGCGCUGCGCUCGCAAAGGCAACAUUCACCAAGACCACGCAGCGCCUCGAGGACAAGUUGUCCCAAAUGGAGGCGGUGACUCAGAAGUACCAACAGGACAUGGCGGUGUUGUGGGAGCAGUACAAUGAGGAGCAUGCGGGGCUGGAGAACGCCACCAUGCAAAUCAAGAUGACGGUGGAACAACGAAAGCAGGGCAUCAAGCGCCGUAUCACGGCGCUCGCGCAGGAGAAUGAGGCGGCGCUCUCGGAGGCCACCAAGAAGGCGGAGGCGGUCAAGGGCCGAGCAGCCAAGAUGCCGCAGCUGGCCAAACUGCUGCAGUCCCUCGUGCCGUGCUCUGCUCUCAAUGGCCUCUUGUUGGUCUCCCAGGAACAGCCGAGGGCCAAAAUUUGCGAGCGUCUGGGACCAGCCAAACCGCAGGCGGUGUUGAGACUUGAUCGCCUGCUGAGACCUGACCUGACCUGA